AUGUUGGUAUCAUAUACUGGUUCUGCUGGCUCCAAGUAUCCCGAGGAAGUUUCAAACACAUGCAAUGUCGUCAUUUUCGGAGAAGCAGGAGCUGGCAAAAGCUCCUUAGUCAAUCUGAUCACUAGAACAGAGACAGCACCGACAUCCUACAACCCUACAACCGCAACCAACGUGUACGAGCAUGUCAUCCGGAGCCAAGACAAGACAUUGAGGGUAAAGCUUUUCGAUACAGCUGGUCUUGAUCGGGGCUCUGAGAGCACAGUCCCCGACGGGGAAGCCCGGAGAAUCUUGAAGGAGCUUCUUCAAACACUUCUGGAGCAAGAUGGCAUCCAUCUCCUCAUGUACUGUGUGCACGGCACUAGAGAGAUCAAGGCGCUCUGCUGCAACUACGAAUUAUGUCACUCCGAAGUUAAGGGAAGGGUUCCAAUGGUCCUUGUCGUUACGGGUCUGGAAGACAAACAACCAGAAAUGGAAGAAUGGUGGAAUAACAACGAGAGAUCCAUCUCCGAUCUCAGUAUGACCUUUGCUGGCCACGCAUGUAUCACCGCGUUGACCAUCGACGAAGAUGCGACAGAUAAGCUCAAGCAGCGCCACGGCCAGUCAUACCAUGCCGUCAGCAAGCUUAUCGAGGAGUGUCGUGCAAGGAAACAAAUUGUGGUCUUUGGGGAGACGGGGGGAGGCAAGAGUUCACUCAUCAAUCUCAUGGCGGGAAAGAAUGUAGCAUUCGUAUCUUCCGACAUGGGACGCUGUACGCUGCACUGGGAAGAGUACACCAUCGACAUCGGCGGCGAAUCCUAUAAGGUGUUCGAUACCGUUGGACUCGAGGAACCCCAACUAGGGAUCAAAGAAUACCUCGAAUCUAUUGACAGCGCCUAUGAACUGGUUAAGAAAUUGGAUGCAGAAGGCGGCAUUGAUCUGCUUCUAUUCUGUAUUCGCGCCGGCAGACCCACCGCCACAAUCCAGAGCAAUUACCGGCUCUUCUACGAAUUCCUCUGCGAGAAGAAGGUUCCUAUUGUUCUUGCGAUCACAAAUUGCGAAAGAGAGCAGAGGAUGGAGGACUGGUGGGGAAGAAACCAGGGUACCUUGGAACGAUACCAGAUCGAGGUCGCUGGUCACGCGUGCAUUACCGCUGACGUCAAGUCGGAUAGCAGACAUCAAGCCCUUUAUGAAGAAUCGCGCGUCGCGAUUCGCGACCUUGUGAAGAAGCAUAUUUCCGACGAGCAGAAGCCAGCAUGGAUAGGAGGGGAAAACCUGUUCGUGUCGUUGAUGCGUAGGCUGAAGGAGUUGCUUGAAAGGAAUUCGCGCCUGAGGAGGAAGGAUGUCGCCUCUCGCCUUACGAAGCGUUGCGGUAUAUCUAAAGAGGUCGCAAAACAGCUGGCUGAUAUGAUCAAGUAUGACGCCGUAGCCGUUGGGUGA